UCUGCGGGUUCUGCGUCGUGUCGUGAAUGUGUAUGCAUGGUGAUAAAUACAUUCGUGUACUUUGCUUUGCUUUGGUAAUGUGACCGCUUUUUAACGAGCUCUAAUUCCACGCAGUCAGACCCAAGAAACACCAAUGCCAGAAUAGUUGGCUGAUUGUUCGUCGAAGGUUUCAUAAAUAGUGAGACAAAAAAAUAUCCAAAACCGAUUGCGUGGAAGCCGAAAAUCGAUAAGUCCUGGAGGCAGUCAGGAACUCGACAUAACCUAAAAUCUAACAACAUCGUUCUUGUGUUUCAUUGCAGUUUCCAUUGUCAAUCGUCGUUUGUAAAGCCGUAAAAUGCAGCUUAACAACAAAGUGUGAAUAAAAACGUGAAAAUAUUGAAAAAAACACUCAAGCUGAGAAGAAAAUGGCAGGAAUUUCCGAUUUUCCGAACGGAAUAGUUCGUGUACCCGGGAACAAUGAAUUUCACUGUUUCUUGUGUGUGAAUGAGAAAAUUUCUCAGAAUUGGCAAAGUCACAUUAAGGAUCCUCAACACGUAAGUGCGUUUCGACAAUUUUGUCUGAUUUUUGCUGUGAAUGAGGAAAAAAUCGACUGCAAAGCAUGCAAUGUGAGCGUCGAUUGGGAAGGCUUGAAAAAUCAUGCCAAAUGGCACAGAAUUGUACCCUGGUAUGAAAUCGAGAACAAAGAUAAGAUUUUUUUCGAAAAUCGUGUUUUGAACGUGAACUCUUGCUUCAUUUGCAUUCCAUGCGAGACACGUUUUGACGAAUGGUCUGGAGCUUUUGUACACAUAGGAGAAGAACAGCACCAGAAAUUAAUCGCUCUAGAACCACCUAUACACGAAACAUUUGCUCCAAUCGAUUCAUCAUAUAAUUUUUUAAUUGUCGAAGGCUUCGAACCUUGGGGCUCAAACACGGUUAAAUGUCGACCUUGUCAAUGUCCCAACGUUCGCUUGAAUAACCUCCAAGGACACAUUUCCCAGCCUGAACACGUUGCAGCCAAAAGGCGUUUUGUUGCUGAUUCAAAGUAUCAAAAAAAUUCACUAACUGUGAUUGAUACCAAUCAACGAGCAACAACAAGCGUUAACAAAGAUUCUGGUGCAUCAAUUUCAAGCAAUAAUGUCCAUACCGGCAGUGCGAGUGAGAAACUCAUUGCUGAACUUCGUUCUGGGUCUUUUUCAAAUAUUGAUAAAAUGCAGAGUAGCCGUAUAAUGCACAGGACAAAUUCAGCUUCACGCAUGCCAAAUUCGAAUUCUCACAUGCCACGCUCAAACUCUACAUCUCGGCAAGAACGCACCUCUCAGCCUCAGAAUUCGAACUUUCGUCGUAAUAACGCUACUCCUCGCAAUGACAAUUCUUUCUCUCGUAACGGGAAUUCUACACCUCGUGGUGUAAAAUACAAAUUUCCUGUUGAAUCUCGUCACAAUGGUCUUUACUGCACCAUUUGCGAGGUAACAGUACAAACCACUAGUGAUCUUCACAUUGCUGAGGAAAGACAUGUCCAAACUCUAAAUCGUUUAGGAUAUGAGUACAUCUCUCCCAUCGACAAUCACAAAUUCCACUGCAAAUGUUGUAACUGCACCGUUCCCAAUCUUAAAAACGUCUUUCGUCAUAUCAAGGGUUCGAAGCAUAGACUGAUUCUGAAAGAGACACAAGCCAAGGCACUGGUGGAGAAAGUUAAAGAAACAAAAGUUGAGGUAAAGGAUCAAUUGAAAGCACCGACCCAAGAAGAACCAAGAGCAGAGACCAGAGAUGAGAAAGAGAAGGGCAAAACCCAUUCAUUCAAAAUGAAUUUUCCUGGUGGAUCCAAUUCUCCUGUGUUGAAUCCACCUCUACAGUUACCACCCGUGCCAUUCCAUCAAGCUCCAUUGAAUUAUGCUCCUGCAAUGAAUUUUCCAUCAAAGCCAUUCUCAAACGGUGUUGGCUUGAAUUUCCUACCACAGCCACAGUAUCCCCCCCGCCCUCUUUACCCACUGCAACCAUUGAUGAGUCUUCCCAUUGCGCAGCCACGGCUACAGUCUUAUUUGCCACUUGCAAACAACUCCAUGCUUCGCCCAGCCAUGGACCACGCUUCCGAGAAAAUAACUGACCAACCGAGAUUCACUUCAGAAAAUUUACCUCGUGACUUCAUUAUCGUUCUGAGUCCCAAGGAAUUACUUUGUCGUAUUUGCAACUACGUCAUUCACGGUCAUUCCGAUGUCGACGUCCAUCUCAGUAAUCAAAGUCACUCUCUCAUGGUAGAAGAUUUUUGUGCAGCUAUUGUACCGAGAGGUGAGAACGAUUAUUACUGCAAACGAUGUAACACUGCUGUCACCAAUCGUGACGAUCUUUAUAGUCAUUUGUGGCAACAAGUACACAGAGCGGGUAAAGACAACAAUACUCAUCAAUUAAAUCCUCAAAAAAAUAUGAACGUUUUGUCUCCCAACAAAAAUACGAACGACUCGAGCGCUGAGAAUGCAUUAAGCAUCUCAAAUGUUCAAGAUAAAUCAUCGACAGCGCAGAACAGUUUUUCUGGUAAUUCUGCUGCGAAUGAUUUUAUCGUGAUUCUUGGCAGGCAUGAUUUUUGUUGCAAACUUUGUCAUAUCGUAUUGAACGAUCAAAUUAAAAUUGAAACUCAUUUACAAGAAACGGAACAUCGCAUGGCCCUUCGCAAAUAUGGGCAAACGAAAUUUAUCAGAGACGCUAAGUAUGAUUGCAUAUGUUGCAAAUGUACUAUUCCGAAUUUUGCAAACGUCCCUCCACACGUUUUUGGUGAGCAGCACAAGUUAAAAAGUCCAGCUUCCAGUUUCAUUCGCAAAUCAAGUUCCAAAGAGCUGGGACCUGACUACAUCAUUAGGAUUGGCGAAGAUGAUUUUUAUUGCAAUAUUUGCAACAUUACGAUCAUCACGAGAAGCCAGCUUGAUCGACAUCUCAAGGACGAAAUGCACGCCAUUUCUCGCAAAAAAUACGGCUGCGAAGAGAUCAUAUCACCAAAAGGAAGUUGUAAAAAUAUUCUUUGCGCCUGCUGUGAAUGCACCAUCUCGGAUUAUGAUUGUAUUUAUGUUCAUCUGUCGGGACGCAGACACUUGGACACUCUUGAACUAAAACGAGAAGAGAAACUGCAAAAGAAAUAUGAAGAAAGAGUUGUUGAAAAGGUUGACGAAUCAAAGCAGUUGGAGAAACGAUCCGAAGCAAAGAUAGGAGAAAGUCAUGAAAUUCAGGCUGAAAAUGGGUGUGGAUCAGUUUCGAAAAGCUCUCAAAUAGAAGAGAAGGCUAAGGAGAGUGCGGCAAAAAAAUCGUUCCACGAAGAUUUCGAGAGGCACUUCCAGCAUCUGUUUAGCAAAGGAAAAGAACAAUCGCCUUCCGAUUCGAAGAUUGAGAGUGGUAUGAAUAAAUCGGCUGUUGGCGGCGACGAGGAGUUGUCAAUUUCCGGAUCGUUGGCAUCGUCAACUACAAGCUUGAACACAAUCGGAAGAAAACUUCGAGUUCCUCGGGCCAAACAACCUGAAAAGGUAGUUGUGAAUCCCGAUGAGAUUUUUCAGAUGCUAGACAAGCAUCAAGAACUCAAAAAUGAUAUUGAACUUUGCGUGAUGACGUACGACGUCGACGGUGAUGAUAUCGAAUUUCAUUGCAUGAUUUGCAUGGAGAAAGUUAAAAAAUCGGGUCUGUACGAGCAUUUCCGAAACUCCGAGCAUUGCGAGUUUCUCGAGUCGAAGAGAAGAGCGCACAAGGAUUUUGAGCUCGUUUCUGAACAGUACAGCGAUUACCAUUUGGCCAAAGAAUUUUUGGAAGAGGAAUCGGAAGAUUUGAUAUAUUGUUGGGUUUGCAAGAGCAAAAUCAGCAAUUCGGACGAGGUUGUCAAAACUCACAUCGCGAUGAGCAGCCACGCCAAGAGUCGAGAUUCAGUUCGAGAAAAAAAUUGUCAACUCUUCGUCAAUGAAAUCGAACCGAAAAUCAGCUGCGAUUGGUACGACAUUGAGCAAUAUUAUUGCGCCGUUUGUAAAAUUCCCUACGACACGGACUUCGAAUUUGCCAAACACACUAAAAGCUCGGAGCACAUUUCUGCCGUGCAAAAUAUCAAUUCCUCUUAUCGACCGUUGAUUCAUGACUUUUGCCCGACGUGUUCGAUCUUAUGGUUUGGUGGACGCUCCGAAUUCGCACGUCAUGUUAAAAGUCCCCAACACGAAUCGCGUUUGCACAACAAAAGUAAUUCGAAUGCAUUCAGACAACGAGCCAACAUCGCGGAUUGUUUAUUCGAUGUUUGUCGCAACGGAAUCGAAGAAAUGUCCGUAGACUCUUAUCUUUUGCGACGAAAAUUCGCUUCUGAUCUCGAAGCAACUGUACAACAAAAUUUCCCAGCGACCAAAGUUCAGAUUCUGAGUGCCAACCCCGUUUCCAUGGAAUCGGGAAAAUUCGAAGUCGCUCUUAACUUCGGAGUCAAGUUUGAUCGAAAAUCGGAAGAUUCGAUGCGUUUCCUGGCACAGAGAGUCGCGUCUGCUUUGAAUGAUCAUCCGGCAAGGUGGCAUAUGGCGUUGAUCUGCGAUGGACCUCCCAUAAAAAUAAUGACGCAUCAUACUCCGAGCAAAUCCAGGAUCGAAGUAUUUCUCGAUGAUAACGUCAGCUUCGAGCCAUCGAAGUUAUUCAAUUCUUUACGUGCGGCGAGUACGUUUUUGGAAAUGUCGACAAGAGCUGUCAAAUUUUGCAUACAAUUGUACGAAAACGAGUUUCAAGAGGAGCUGCGUCCUUACAUCGAUGAUACGAUCGUUUUCUUCGCGCAAAGUAAAUCGUUGCUGCCGAAAAUUUCGGAUCUCGUUCGAUCUGACGGUCGAUGUUUCAAUCCCGAUUGGGAUCUCGAAGUGAAUGAAGCGAAUUUGGAAAACCCGUGGGAAUUUCUCAUCGAGUAUCACAGAUUCUACGCUAAUUUUGAUUAUCGCCAUGAGGUCGUGUCUCCGUGGAUCGGAGAAUCGGUGAAAAAACAAGACUUUGCAGAGUCUCAGAAUAUAAUAAAAGAAAAGAAUUUUAGAUCGGGGACGAUGAUUACGACUGCUGAAUUUUUCACGCCCCUGUCCAUUCAGGAUCCAUUAGGCCUACUGGAAAACCGAACAAAACGUAUAAGUAAAGCCCAGCUGAACGGUUUUCGUGAACACUGUUCAUGGGUCGUCGAAACACUCGAACGUCAACGUGCUUUGAAUAAUUUGUAAUCAUCCAUAUAGCAGUACGAAACUGAGAAUCAAUAUUUUCGUAUACUCAAAAUGGCCCGAGGCCAAACAAAUAUUUUCCUUAUUUUUCAUUCACUGAUUUUUCUCGUCCCGUUGAAGUUAUUUUUUCGGUGUUAUUGUUAAUAAUGAAUUCAACUUUUUGUUUCAAUCAAUUUUAAGAUUAUAUAAAAUGAGUCAUCUUAUUCCACGUUACAAUAUAUUACACAAAUAAGAGGACCACGUUUCUUUUAACUCAAAUACAAAAUAUCCUAAAAAAAAAAAUACUCUGAAAAAUGUCCCUGACCAUUCGAUUCCUCUUACAAUUGUAUAAUUUCGAAUAUUAAGCAUCAUUUUGGAUUGUUUCUCUUUGCAUAUUUUUUUUACAAGUGUUUUGUAUUUUUACUAAUUGGAUUGAAUAAAAAUAAGUUGCGAAAA